AUGUCAGUUAAAACAGGACAAGAAGCAUUGCUUCUUUGGGCUCAGUUGAGAACUAAUGGAUAUCCAGGUGUAAAAGUUCAGAAUUUCACUGAUAGUUGGGGUGAUGGAUUAGCAUUUUGUGCAUUAGUUCACUCUUAUGAAGGUGAUAAACUAUUUAAAUAUGAUGAGUUGAACGCAUCGAAUAGACGUAAUAAUUUAGAAUUGGCUUUUGUCACUGCCUUGAAACUAGGUGUUCCAGAUUUAUUGGAUCCAGACUUUUUAUUAAUGGAUGGAGGAUUAGAUCGAAGAAGUAUAAUGACAUAUCUAUCAGAGUUGUAUCAUCAUUUCAAGAAAGCUUAUCCAGUUUCACCAGACUCUCCAUACAAGAAACAAGGUAUCAGUAUCAGUAUACAGGAUCUCAACAGUGAGCAGCUGACUCAGUUGUUAAUUAAGGAGCGUGAAAAGAAGGGAAUUAAAACCAAGUUGGGUACUCCAAUGUCACCGGGUGGUGGUUCUGCCAAGCCAGCUGGACAUGCCAAGCCAACUCUGGAUCCAGCAUUGGCUGCCAAGCGUGCAGAAGAAGAGAAACAACGUGCCGAGCGUAGAAAGCAGCUCGAGGAAGACGCACGUAUCAGACGUCGUCAAGAAGAAGAGGAAGAAGCAAGAAAGAAAGAAGAGGUAUCCAGAUUCCGUCAACAACAAAGUGGUAUUCCAAUUGGAAGUGUCGACAAGUCUGGCUCUGCUAACGACUUGAAAAAGAGAAUCAAAGAGAUGGAGGAGCUCGAGAAGAAGAGAAAAGAAGAGGAACAAGAGAGAAGAGAGCGUAAGCAUCUCGAUAGAAACAGCAAGCGUAUGAGUCAAUCUACAUUGUCUGGUGAGAUUGCCAGAUUCAAUCAAAUGGCUAUCAAUGGAGAUGAUACUGCCGAUAGUAAUAGCAGCAGCAACAGCAACAACAAUAAUAAUAAUGAUUCUACUUUUGUUAAAUCAGAGUCUGUCGAUCAAGCAAUGGAGACACAAGAGGAUACAGCUAAACUAUUAGAGUUGCAAAAACAAAAAGAAGAGGAAGCAAAACAAAAGGAAGAACAAGAUAGACAACAGAGAGAAAAAGACGAGUUGGAAGCUACCGAAAGAAAGAAGAAAGAGGACGAAGAGGAAGCCAAGAGACUCGAGGAAAUGUCAGAGAGAGAAAGAACCAAGUAUCAACUGGAGAAAGAAGAGAAAGAGUUGGAAAAGAGAAGAAAGGAAAGAGAGAAUGCCAGAAAGGAAGCCAAGGAAAAGGAGGACAGAGAACUCAAGGAGAAGGAACGCGAGAAGGAAGAGAGACAAAAGGAGAGAGAAAGAGAGAAGGAACAGAGACAAAAGGAGAGAGAACUCAAAGAGAAACUGGAAAAGGAAGAGAAGGAGAGAGAGGCAGAACUACUCGCACUAAGAGAAAGAGAGAAACGUUUGGCAAGAGAGAAGGAGAAGGAAGAGAAAGAGAAACUCGAGAAAGAGGCACAGGAAAGAGAGGCACUCGAAAGACAAGCCAGACAAGAGCAAAGAGAGAGAGAGCUGAACGAGAAGCAAUUACAACAAGAAAGAGAAGCAAAGGAGGCACUCAAGAAAGAGAGACAACUCAAAGAGAAAGAACAGAGAGAGAUGCAAGAAGAGUUGGAUCGUGAACGUGAGAUUAGAGAGCGUGAGGAAGUCAGAGAACGUUUGGCCGUCGCUGAAAAGAUUAUAGAUACCAGAGAGAUUAGAAGAAGAGAGAGAGAAGCCAAGGAGAGAGAAGAGAAGGAUAAGGAAGACAAGGAAAGAGAAGCCAAAGAAAAGGAAAGAGAUGCUAAGAAGAGAGAGCGUGAGCAAAAAGAGAAAGAACAGAAAGAGAAGGAGGAAAGAGAAAGAGAAGAGCGUGAGCGUGAACGUGAGGCAAGAAAGAAAGAAAGAGAACAAAAAGAGAAAGAACAGAGAGAGAAGGAAGAAAGAGAACGUGAAGAGAGAGAGAAGGAACGUGAAGCCAGAAGAAGAGAAAGAGAGCUAAAGGAGAAGGAACAAAGAGAUAAAGAGCAAAAAGAACGUGAGGACAGAGAGAGAGAACGUGAAGAGGUCAACAGACAGCGUGAAGCCAGAAGAAAAGAGCGUGAAGACAAGGAGAAAGAGGAACUCGAGAAACUCAAACAAGAGAAAGAAGCAAAGGAGCGCGAAAGAUUGCAGAAAGAGAAAGAAACUGCCAAGGCACUCGAUGAAUAUGAACUCGCCAAAGAGAAGCGUGAGGAAGAGCGUAGAAAGAGAAGAGAACAAAUCGAGCGUGAGAUUGAAGAGGAAAAGAAGAGACUCGAAGAGGAUAAGGAAGCGAGACGUAGACAACGUGAAGAGAGAAGAAAGGAGAGCGAGUCAUCGACACCAUCCUCCAUUGAUAGUUCACCUGGUGUAAAGAGUCCAUCGUUAACCUCAACAUCGUCAUCAUCAUCAUCAUCAACAUCAACAUCUGCAACCACCACAACUGACAGCUCAUCCAUCUCACGUGAAGACUACUAUGAACAACGUAGACGUGAACGUGAAGCCAAGAAGAAAGAACUUGAAGAGGAAGAAAAGAGAAUUGAAGAGGAAAGAAAGAAAAGAAUCGAAGAUCGUAAACUCGAACGUGAAAGAAAAGAUAGAGAGCUUGCCGAGGAAACAAAACGUCUCGAACAAGAAAGAGAGGAAAGAAGAAGAAAGAGAGCUGGUUUAUAA